UCGUCUCAAACAAAUGCGCUUCCAUAUUCGACAGGCUUUUGCGAACAUGUAAACGUCUGCAGGGGGUUUUCGGUUGGUCUCUGGUUCUCAACAGGUUAAUGGCCCUUUCAUUACGACCAUACACAAAUAAUAUACGGACGGAACUGAACAAAGCACUUUGCAUUCAAUCCUUUGCAUGCCAAAAUGUAGAGCGGCACGACAAACCGGAGGUUGAGUCCCGAGACAACCCGGAGCUCCUUCUACCGCCCGUGACAAUUACACGCUCAGAAAAGGAGCGGUGUUUAAUUGAGGCAUCAAUCAAUUCCGUUCGUGUCAGCCUGCGGCUUGGGCAGAUGGACAUGCUUGAGGAGGAGCUCGUGAAGAUGUACCUCCGCUUCCUCAUGCAGCGAGCUGAGUUGCUGGAGGUGGCACGCCGCGUACCCGUCGAGGGCUAUGACGUCUCCUUCCUCAUUACUGACCAACACCUCCGUGUGUACGGCAAGCAGCGCCUGUUAGACUUCAUGGUGGCUUUCAUCGAGGAAAUGGACGUGGAGACCAGCUCCAUGAAGCUGGCGGUCAACUCUAGGGGCCGUGCUGUGGCGACCGAGGCGCUGCGCUCGCUGGCUUUUUAAUACGCCAGCACUGCCUAUGAGUCGCGUGGGAACAAGUUUGUUCAUCCCCUAACGGGGAACCAAAGGGGAACCCCUUGUCCCCCUUAAUUUCUCCGUAAAAUACCUAUUUUAAUAUUUUUUGUCUAUGUCUGUCUGUCUGUGUCAGCGCCGUUAGCCGUUUUGUUAGCAGGGGGCAGGUGCAAGUGGGCCAUAGUAACAGCUGGGGGGGGAUGCUGAAGACGCAGAGGAAUGAAGUGGGUGAAGCGAACGGCCCCACUUGCGAGCCGUAUAUGUGGGAGUAUGAAACCAGGCGGUAAGAGGGUUGAUGCGUGCGAGGCCCGACUGUUAGAAGGUUGUGGAUGAGUAGGAGGGAUCUGCGGAUGGUGAAAUUGUUGAGUUACAGAGUCUUGCUUUGAGGGAAACAUCUGUUCUUGAUUAAGUUACGGCUGCACAAAUAAGCAGUGCCAAUGGAAUUGAGGCUUGUAAUGCCUGUUUG